GUGGAGUUUGUGCCGACGGUUCAAUACCCAAGAUAUGCAUUAUAGAUGUGGAGCGUGUGCCAAUGGUUCCUCGAUGCCUAAGUAAAGAUCCAACUCCUUCACCACUCACACACCGUGAUGUUAACAAGACCGAGCAACACUAAACGGAUCACGCCACCUACUUUCACAAAUGCGUGGAAAAUCCAGUUGAGCUAAACCAACUCGUGUAGGGGUUUGGGAUCGAGAGCUAACUAUAGGGAACUUCUGGCGGCUUCUCGUAGACAAGCACUUGAAAACGGUCUGAAAGCUCAACCCCAAAGCUAGCCGGAUCUUCGUCCUACGAUAUCAACUACUCUGGCGUCAUCCAAAACGUCAUUGUCAGUGACAAAGGCUGUUUUUCAAGCAACUAAAGACGAGAGAUAAUGGCAGAGAGUUCAGUUAAUCUUCUGCUAGAGAAACUUGGAGGCAUUUUCCAAAAUGAGGUACACUUGUUGGGUGUAUUGUUAGGAGGGGUUCAAGAAGAAGCGAUCAAUCUUCGAGGCGAGUUUGAAAGAAUGAGGGCCUUCCUGAGGACUGCAGAUGCAUUGCAGGAAACCGAUCAGGAAGUCAAAGUUUGGGUUAAGCAAGUCAGAGAUAUUGCUCAUGAAGCUGAAGAUAUUCUAGAUGAAUUUACUUUGCUCCACGAACAUGAUCAUGGGGAUGGAAUCUAUGGUUCUCUCUGCAGAUUGAGUUGCUGUAUCAAGAAUGCAAAAGCUUGUUAUCGGAUUGCUUGCCAGUUAAAAGCCAUCAACUCAAGAGUCAAAAGUAUUUCAGAGGUUCAUAAGAGACUCCAACACAAAUUCAUCAAAGCCGAAGAAGGACUGGGAUUUGACAGUGUUGGAAAUACAUGGCAAGACCGUCGAGGAGAUGCGCUUCUUCUAGACAAAUCUGAUCUUGUGGGCAUUCAUGAGCCUAAAAAUCAGCUUGUGGGGUGGCUGUUUAAAGACAAUUCUGGGCGCAAAGUGGUUUCCUUGGCUGGAAUGGGAGGAAUAGGGAAGACCACCUUGGCCAAGCAAGUAUAUGAUGAUCCACAAGUGGAAAAGCAUUUUGAAGUGCGUGCAUGGGUCACUGUCAAUCGAUCCAUCAAAUCUGGAGACCUUCUCAAAGACAUGGUUCAACAACUCUUCAAAGCAAGCAGGAGACGAGUUCCAGAAGUAAUUGCAAACAUGGACAACAAUCAACUGAAGGCGACAAUCAAGGAGCUGCUACAGGAAAGAAGGUAUCUGAUUGUCUUGGAUGAUGUUUGGCAUCUAUAUGAAUGGGAUACUAUUCAACAUGCACUGCCUAACAACAGUUGUGGCAGCCGAGUUAUGCUCACAACAAGAAAUGCUGAAAUAGCCUCUACUACUCGCACACUCUCUGAUGGUAAGACCUUUGAAUUGAAGCCUAUACCUCCUAUAGAGUCUUGGGAUCUAUUUUGCAGAAAGGUGUUUCAACUGAACAAAUGCCCUCCUCAUUUGGAGGAUAUUUGUAAGGACAUUUUAAAGAAGUGUGAGGGGCUUCCCCUUGCGAUUGUCACAAUUAGUAGUGUUUUGGCUACAAAAGAUGAAAGACGAAUGGACGAGUGGGAUAUGGUUGCCCGCAGCCUUGGGGCAGAAAUUGAGGGUAAUGACAAGCUCAAGUAUUUGAAAAAGGUUCUGUUACUCAGCUUUAAUGACUUGCCAUACUUCCUCAAAUCCUGCUUCUUGUACCUGAGCAUCUUUCCUGAGGGUCAUCUGAUUGAACGAAUGAGGCUAAUCCGGUUAUGGGUAGCAGAGGGGUUAAUUGAAGCUAAAGAGGGGAGAACACCAGAAGAAGUGGCAGAUGACUAUCUCCAUGAACUCUUGAAUAGAAGCCUAAUACAAGUGGCGAGAAUUACUUCUGAUGGAAGGAUCAGAACGUGUCGGAUCCAUGAGUUUUUGAGGGAGAUCAUCAUCUCCAAGUCAAGAGAUCAGAACUUCACCACAAUUGUGAAAGAAAAGAGUGUGCCUGCGCAUUGGUCUGAUAAAAUCCGACGCCUAUCCAUCCAGAGCACACUACAAAAUGUGAAGCCAAAUAGGUCAGUAUCCCAAUUACGCUCACUGUUCAUGUUUGGGGUUGCUCAAAAGCUAUCCAUCCCUACAUUAUUCCCUAAAGGUUUCAGGCUGCUAAAUGUCUUGGACUUGCGUAGCUCACCCUUAAAGAAAUUUCCAGUUGAAGUUGUGGACUUGUACUUCUUGAAAUACUUGAGCUUGAGGAAAACCAAGGUGAAAACUGUGCCGAGAUUCAUUGGGAAGCUUCAGAAUCUAGAAACUCUAGAUCUUAAGCAGUCCUAUGUCAUUGAACUCCCUGUUGAGAUCCUGAAGCUCCAACGCCUACGCCAUCUUCUAGUGUGUCGAUAUCAGUUUAUAUCCAAUGAAUAUUUUGAUGUAAAGAAUGGUUUUAAGGUCACACCAAAAAUAGGAGGUUUGCGAGCAUUGCAGAAGCUCUGUUUCAUAGAGGUAAACCAAGAUGGUGGCACUAUAAUAAGAGAACUUGGGAAGCUAAAUCAGCUGAGAAGGUUAGGCCUUAUAAAAUUGAGAAAAGUGGAUGGGAAGGCUCUAUCUUCAUCCAUUGCAAAGCUGAGUAAUCUUCGUGCGCUGUCUAUAACUUCAGUGGAAGCAGAUGAGAUCAUUGAUCUUCAACACCUUUCUUCUCCUCCUUUGUUGCUUCAGCGGCUCUACAUGACCGGACGUUUGGAAGCAUUACCUCACUGGAUUCCUUCUCUUCCAAACCUAGUCAGAUUGUCUCUGAAAUGGAGUAGGCUAAGGGAUGAUCCACUCAUCUAUCUACGACAUAUUCCCAAUCUUGUUUUACUUGAACUAUGUCGAGCAUUUACCGGAGACAGAUUGUGUUUAAAGGCUGAUGGGUUUAUGAAGCUGAAGAUCUUAAGCCUGGACAAACUCGAUGAACUUAGGUGCAUAGACGUAGAGAUGGGUGCAAUGGAUUCUCUUGAGAAGCUAAGCAUCCAACGGUGUAAGCUUCUGGAGAAUGUGCCAUCCGGGAUUGAGCAUCUGCAUAAGUUGAAAGUUCUCGAGUUUUCUGAUCUGCCAGUGGAUUUGAUGAAGACGAUCCGACCAGAUGGAAAAGAUAAUUGGAGAGUCUCGCAUGUCCCUGAAGUUUCUUCAACAUACUGGACAUGACUGAUGGGUAGGUGUAUUCCACAGACAGCAUGACUGAUGGGGAGUACUGUCCCCUGCCCAGCAGUCUCUUCAGCCACGAACUCCAAACAAGAUGGAAAUCUUGGAAGUAAUUCUCAACUUGUGCUGCGAAUCAGCUGCCUUUGUAAGUAAUGUUGUAUAUUCAUACACUUCCUGUGUGUAAAUACUUGUAAAUUUGUAAAUAGUUCAUAUAUCAGAGAUUGCCUUUGGUUAAGACUAUGUAAAGCAUUAUAACCUAUCUUGUACAAAUUAAUGAUGGGUUGUGUAAAUAGUUGGCUAUGCCACUGGCUAGUUCCUAAUGUAAAUGAUUGCU